AUGAGUGACUCGUUUUCAUCGUUAGGUUUAAGCAAUUGGUUGCUGAAGGCGUUGAAAACAUUGGGGAUUCAGAAUCCCUCUCGGAUUCAAUGCGAGACCAUUCCGUUGAUACUAUCGUCGCGACGGCUGGACGUGUUUGGGUGCAGCCGCACCGGUAGCGGCAAAACACUGGCCUUCCUGUUGCCCAUCAUUGAGCUCUUGGUUCGUGAUCCGAGGCCUUACUUCGCGCUCAUCCUAUCGCCCACUCGUGAGUUGGCCCAUCAGAUCAACCAAAUGAUCGUCGCCUUGACGGCCAGCACUCAUGCCGUGAAGAGUCUGCUUGUGAUUGGCGGCGAAGACCACGAGGAAGCGCAGGGCUUGUGGUUCGGGAAACCCAAUGUAGUGGUGGCCACACCCGGCCGUCUGGUCGACCACUUCUAUAAUCGCAACUUUCUCGACGUUUGCGGACAUAAGGCGUCCCUUAGGUUUGAUUGUCUCGUACUCGACGAAGCGGAUCAACUCAUUAGCUCCGGAUUCGCUCAACAAAUCAAAGACAUUCUCACAUUUUUGGACGACAUGUCCGCCAAUACUAACCACAGAAGACAAACACUGCUCUUCAGCGCCACUUUGACGACAGCUUUAGAAGAGUUGCAAAAAUUGAUUGCAAAGAAGGCUUCGGGCGAACAGCCGGUUGUCGUGAAUCUGUUGCCAACCAUUGAUGACGUGAAGCGAGAAUUAGCCACAAAUGAAGACCUCGACCAGAGAUACGUGUUGUGUCCAGAAUCGGUGAAAUUUGUGUAUUUGAUUGAAUGCAUUCUCGACCUCUCGUUCCGACAGUUGAUUAUAUUCUGUGCGACGAAGAAAGAGGCGAAACUGAUCCACAAAGUGCUCAUCUCUUUAGGUCUCGACCGAUCGGAUUUCAAUCUAAAUCCAGUCAUACUUAACGCCGAUAUGAAGCAAAACCUGAGGUUUGCAGCGCUCGAGAAGUUUCGAUCUCUGAAGUCGAAAAUUCUGGUGACAACCGAUUUGGCCAAUCGGGGCCUCGACUUACCACAAGUGGAUCUCAUCAUUAACUACAACUGUCCUAAAUCUGCAACCGUUUACGUGCAUAGAGUCGGCAGAACUUGUCGUAAACCUGACUUUAAAACGCUUCCAAAAGUUCCGCAAAUAAGUGAAACUCCUGUUGAAGAAGCAGAUGAUGGAACCGAUGGAACCGAUGGACCAAAAAGUAAUAAAAAGUUUAAAAGAGAUUCAAGUAAUCACUUGAAGCCCAAAAAGAGUCAAACAGUGUUGUCGUCUAAAUAUUUGGGGAAAUCGAUAACAUUUGUCACUCAAUACGACAUCGAACUCCUUAAGAGUAUUGAGAAUUUCAUCGAAACCAAAAUGAAGGCCGAAGUGAAACUGCUCUUCUCACAGAAUUUAUAG